AUGAAACUCCCACCCAAUAUCCCCACAGCUCUCGUCUUCACGUUCCUCUUCUCCCUCCAAGUUCCCCUUCGCCUCGCCGCCCCUCUGUCCCACGACAAACUCUUCCCCAAACCCGUCAUACCCCUGACCCUCCCACAAAUCCACUACGAAAGGAUCGACAACGGCCGCAUGGCUACACGACAUAGUAACCCUAACAGUAACAAGGACUUUCCCUCUCCCCUUCUCCUGUCCCUUCCUAUCCCUCUGCCAAGUCAUCUACAAAAGAGCGGGAAUGCAUUAUGGGAUGCUGCCACCCCCUGGAAGCUGAGCCAGCCCAAAAGAGAGAGUGUCAGUGCAGGACCACCAAAACCACAACCCAGGAGCACCAGAAGACCAGGCCGCUACCCACGACCUUUAAAACACCUCUUUGCCCACUCGUACCGCCACUCCUCCAGCGGCGGUCGGGGCGUCGUCGACUCUGACUUUGACUUUGAUCCCAACAACAACGUCCCGAUCCGCACACUCAGUGAAACAGCCGAUGAUGACCUCAACCUCAACUUUGACCUUUUCAGCAGCACUGGGCUGGGCGGCAGUAGUGGUGUUAAUCUCCUCAAAACCAUCACCAUCGAACCAACUCUCACCAUCAACAGCACGAGCAUACAGCGACUUGGCCCUCCUGCGCCAGGGCCAGGAGCAGGGUCGUAUCUUGCUGCCAUGAACAUGGGUGGUGCUGCUCCACGGCCACGAGAAGCUCCAUGGGAAAGAAGAAGAUCUCAUGGAUGGGAGGGGGAGAAUGAAAGUGGGGGGAGUGAGAUUGGGAAUGAGGCGCCUUCUGGGAGUUUUAUGAACAGGCGGGUUGGUAGGAUUGAGAAACGUCUUGGGGUGGGAAAAAGGGAGAUGAUGACUACGGCCAUGGAACAAACGGGGAUAAUUGAUGAGAAUAUAAAGAGGGGAGAGAAGGAAACAAAAGAAAAGAGUAAGGCGGGAAGGGGGAGUAGAAUCCACGGAAGGUAUCAUGAGGCGCUGACGAGUGUUGCUGCUACUGCUUCUGCUACUAGUUAA